CUAGAACCCAUCUUAGCAAAGCAACAGCACGCGCAUAGACCCAACGAACUGGCUCUAGGGGUUGGCUGUUUCUUUUAACAACGUAUUCUACUUGCUCGACAUGCACCGGUCGUAGAAACGGGAUUUGCGUCAAAAGUCAACAUCGAUGCCGUGAACGACAGAUUACCCGACUCCCGUUGUUGCCGCUGCCAACUCAACCCAACUUCGGGCCACGCUUCAGGUGGCCCGCACCCACCGCGACUUGCGACCGCGACGACUCGCAGUGGCAGUAGACGGACGCCAGCGACAGUGACGCGAUAAUAACGACUGCAGACACAAUAUGGCUUCGUACGGAAACACGGUGCCAAUGGCCGCUCCACGGCCUGGUCAACCGGCUUACGCACCGGCACCAAUGGCCAUGCCUGCACCUUCAGCCCCUGCUGGCACCUUCUCCCCUGGCACCAAGAUACAAGUCGGCGAUCACCGCGUGGUCAUUCAGAAGUAUCUAUCUGAGGGCGGCUUCGCACACGUAUAUCUGGUCAAGAUGCCACGGCCAAUCGACGGCACCGACUUGGCCGUCCUCAAGAGAGUCGCCGUGCCGGACAGGGAGACUCUACGCGGCAUGCGCACCGAGGUCGAGACGAUGAAGCGUCUUAAGGGCCACCGUCCCAUCGUCACCUACAUCGAUUCGCAUGCUUCGGAGCUCAAAGGCGGCGGCUACGAGGUUUUCCUACUGAUGGAAUACUGUGAUGGGGGAGGCUUGAUCGACUUUAUGAACACCCGUCUGCAGCAUCGCCUGACCGAGCCCGAGAUCCUCAACAUCUUCACCGACAUUGCCGAAGGUGUUGCCUGUAUGCACUAUCUAAAACCGCCGUUGCUGCACCGAGACUUGAAGGUGGAAAAUGUCCUGAUAACCAUGGUUGGCUCCAGGAGAAAGUUCAAGCUCUGUGAUUUCGGCUCGGCAGCAAACCCGAAACCGGCGCCGCAGUCCAUCGUCGAGUGUCGGCUGAUGGACGAAGAUGUCCAAAAACACACAACGAUGCAGUACCGCAGUCCAGAGAUGGUCGACGUCUACCGAAAACAGCCUAUCGACGAGAAGUCCGACAUCUGGGCACUUGGCGUCCUCCUUUACAAGCUCUGCUAUUACACAACCCCUUUCGAGGACCAAGGGCAGUUGGCUAUUUUGAAUGCAAGCUUUAGAUUCCCAAGCUAUCCCGUCUUUUCUGACAGACUAAAACACCUAAUUGCAUCCAUGCUACGCGAAAACCAGCAAUCUAGACCAAACAUAUACCAAGCGCUUCGCGAAGGUUGUCUCAUGCAGGGCCGCGAGGUGCCGAUACAAGAUAUCUACUCCAACCGCACGCAAUCCGAAUCCAGGAAGACGGAGACGCAGGCACUCCCAGAUGCCAAAGGGAAAAGCACGCCUGUGGCAGUCGGUGCUGUGUUCUCUCCACCACCACAACAACAUCCAAAGAUUCCAGAGGUGACACCGAUGAGGCGCGGCAGACCAUCGGCCGUGUCGAGCCAGCCUCCAGCGCAGCAACCUCCGAAGCCCAGUCCGUCUCCCAUGAGAGUCACCAAUGGCGACCCCUUUGCUGCCCUGGACUCUGAAGCUGCUGCGGCUGCCAAACUCGAUGCUGAUGAGAUAGCGUCGAGAUUUCCUACGCUUGAUCAGUUUGCUCUUUUGCACGACCAGGGCGCAAAGUUCGAUUUCGAUGGCCCAAAAUCGUCCCCUGACAAGGAGCUUGGCCAGAGAGUUGCGGAAAAGCUCGCUGAUGAUGCGUUUGCAAACAUUAAACCUCAACCUCGACCUGUACCCACCCCGUCUCCUGGACCGCAAGUGCAGGCGAAUGACCUGAGUCGGGUCAAAUCUACUGCGGCCGCGCCAGAGCUGAGCCAGGCGUCACCUCCCCUCGGCUCCGUAAACAAACCAGCCUCUGCUCCGCCAAAAUCGAACCCUCUGGAGAUGAGUCGCGCUUCAGCCAUCAUUUCUAACAACCCUGAACUGCAAGCUAUCGCAUCACCCCCUAUGCAACCUGCUCAACCAAUGCCCGGUAGACCUACCAUGGUUUCAACAGGGACCAUGACGUCUAGUACCCCACCUCCAGCAGAGAAACCUACGAGAGACUACCCUCCCAUCUACCGAUUUCCUCCAGCCGAACACCACCGCUCGUCCAGUCUACCGAGGCAACCUGAGACGGCAAGCCCUGGUCAGGCACUGCGUGUUGAUUCGGGUCAGCCAUCCAGAACCCUUCCCAACCAACGCGUCUCGUCGUUCCAAUCUCAACCAGAACACGUUAGGCAUCCCUCAUCCUCACGACCGUCCCUCGAAGGAGGGCGGCCAAGCAUCGAUCUUCUAGAUCCUUCUGUCAGAACCUCGUCUCUUUCGGGGCGUCCGAGACCCGCCAGCACCUACCUAGAAUCUAACUUGGAUUACCUCCGGGAGAGGGAGGCAGCGCCGAGACCUCUGCGCUCUCCUGGCUUACAGCCCGCCAAAUUCCCGGAUAGAGUGCCAUCUCCCAUGAUGGAGCCACAAGAUGAGGCGGCCAUUGAGUCCAAUGUGGACUUUCUGCGGUCCAUGGAAGAAUCUGACAACAAAAGCAAAAUCAGGGGUCAUAAACAUGGAAAGCGUUCAAGUUUAAGCUCUCUAUCAGGGACGAAAAACAUUCUCGCUGGCAAAUUUGGUGAUGCCUUCAAACGCUUUGAAGGGAAUAGCUCCACUGCCCCUGCGCGCACACCAUCACCUCUUAAAGAUUUAGAGCGGCGUGACUUGACACCCAUUGCCGGAUCUGAAGCAACAGAUGGUCGGAGUGAUGAUGGCAGAAUGCUCGGCGACACGGAAGAGCUGACGCCAGAAAUGCGCCGCGACCUCGAAGCUCAACUUCUUGCCGAGGAAGAAAGGCGCGUAGAGGCUGCUGCUGCCGAGUACCGCCAACGCAUGGCAGUACGAGACGCAGGGGGCUCGGUACCGCUUCCCAAGAGCAUCGGAGGCGUCUCUCGCGCGGUCAGCAUACAGAACAGAGUGCAGAACUUGCUCGACGAAAGUCAAAAGGCGUCCCCGGUCCAGAAGACGGCUGAGGGUUAUGGGCGGUUCACGGAAGCGACUACGUCCACCCCUCGUCCUGAAAAACAACUUCCAGAUCUAGCCCGCAAACCUGUUGCCACUGGUUCUGGAGGACGUGGAGCCCCUGCGAAGCCAGUGAUGAGCUCCGUGAAUGCCGCGGCGCGAGCGCGGCAGACUGGCACCAUGCCGAGCUCCUUUCCAGUCACAGACAUGACAUCCCGCCCCGCACUCCCUCCGAAGCCGGCCGCACCGCCUAAACCAACACAUCUCAACAGUAUUCCCACCGGCGGCCGCCGGUCUCCACCGAAACAACUACAGCGGCCCCCUACAGGCUUGACUGAGGCGAUGACCGGAGUCGGCUUGUCCGGCCGGCCGAUGCUUGACAUGACCGCCCAAGAGAGAGAAGACUAUAUCCAGGACUUUAGCAAGCGGUUUCCGAGUCUGAGCUCCAUUGAGAUGGUCGAGCGGGACUUGGGCGCUGAGGCAGACCGGAAAGGGGGCCGCUGAGGCUUUGUGAAGGGGUAAAAUGGUGUGUAGAAUAUACAUCACGGACGGUAUGCCAUAAUGGUUGCGACAGCUCGGUCAGAUAUGUAGAUAUGGAACGACGUUCUUAGAGACGACAGUUGAAUAGUGUCUAUGAAAGAGCCUGUAGUCAAACUGAAUUUUGAAUAAUUGCUGGAGAGAAGUUGUGUGA